AUGCAUCUUCAUCGCCUCUUCGGUUGCAUCAUCGAGGUUACUGCCCUUGCCAAGGGUGCCAACCUCACGGGUUACGAGUAUGUCAUCGUGGGAUCUGGGGCCGAAGGAGGCCCUCUAGUCGCUCGUCUUGCACUUGCUGGUCACAGGACAAAAUACAACUGCACCAUUCCUUCUUAUUCGGCUCGGGCAUCAGAAGAUGAGACUAUGGCAUGGAACUUCUUUGCACGUCUCAAUCCUCCUGCAGGCUCAACCAUGAAGUGCACACUCUAUCUAAGGACAGGCACCCUCGGAGGAUGCACUGCACACAAUGCUCUCAUUGCCAUCUAUCCCCAUCAAUCGGACUUCGAAUACAUUGCCACCCUGACCGGUGAUGCCUCCUGGUCACCACAGAAUAUGCGUAAGUAUUUGGUCAAGAUGGAGAAGAACCAAUACAUUUCCCCUGCAGCUGGUCAUGGCUACGAUGGCUGGCUCUCGACAGAGACAGCACCACUGAACAUCGUCAUUGAGGACCCUCAGCUCCUGAGCAUGCUCACCGGCGGUGCCUUCGCACUAGGCAAUGAGACAAAUUCGGUCAUCGAUUUGCGAACUCUGAUCGCUGGUGACGCCAACGCUGAUACCUCAACCCGGGAUUCUCAACCUGCGUACUACCAAAUACCGCUUUCAGCAAAUGGUGCCCACCGCAAUGGCGCCCGCGAAUUCGUCCUAGCUGUGCGCGACGCGGUGAAUGAUGAUGGAAGCGAAAAGUAUCCUCUCGAUGUCCGGUUGAACUACCAUGCCACUAAAGUCACUUUCGACGAAUCCGCAACCCCUCCUCGCGCUAUUGGUAUAGAGUUCCUUGAUGAACAGUACCUGUACAAGGCAAGCCCAAAGUUCUCUUCAGUCAUCGUCGCUGGCGGCGUAUACAUCUCUCCCCAGCUCCUCAAGAUAAGCGGUAUCCCUGGUAAUUUCACCGCACUAAACGGCAGCACGUUCGACGGCAGCACUAAUGACGAAUGCUUGAAGCACCGGGAAACAUCGAUUCUUGGGGACCGUGGAAUAUACUCGUCUUCUGGCCUUACAGCCACUAUGUUCUACAAGAGCACGGCGACUUCUAACGACCAGUAUGACCUCUUCGUACUUAGUGGUCCCGUCAAUUUCCGAGGAUAUUUUCCCAACUACAACAUCAGCGCAACAGCUCGACAUGAUUGGUUCACUUGGGCAAUCUUCAAGGCACACCCUCGUAAUACUACAGGCGCCGUGACCUUGCGCUCCGCAGACCCGCUCGACGUCCCAGACAUCGUCUACAAUUACUUUGACAAUGGGGUUAGCAAUUAUAACGCUGAUCUCCAGGCCCUCUCCGAAGGCUUAGUUCCCGUUAUUGAAAUUCUCCCCGGUGGGAACGUUACCGGGGAAGCCGUUAAGGCAAAUACCAAAGACUCCACCUGGGGUCAUCACGCCUCUUGCACGUGCCCGAUUAGCUCUGAUAGAGACCCUAUGGCAGUCCUCGACUCCGAAUUCCGUGUUCGUGAGGUUUCGAGUCUGCGUGUUGUUGGUGCCUCUGUUUAUCCACGGAUUCCAAGUACAUUUACUGCCGUUUCUACGUAUAUGAUUUCUGAGAAAGCGGCGGAUACUAUGUUGAGCCAGCUCAACUCAACCACGGCAUCAAAUUCUACGAUACUCAGCUGA